AUGAAAAUCAUCCUGAAUCAGGGAAGCAUCGCGGCGGAGUGUGACGGAGAUUGUCAGAAUAACAAUAGGGGAGGCUGGGGAGGAGAGGAGGAGAGGAGGCUUGGACAAUACGGAACAGUGGACGAAACAAACGGAGCCUUUGUUGGGAAAUGUACACACAGAGUAGAGAAACAGAACGGACUAGAGAGGAACAUUAUCAUUGAUUAUACUCACAUAUGA